AGGCUGAUGGGAAGGAGGGUACACAUUCCAGACAUAAUUAUGAUCCCAGCUGUGUACUUUGUCCUUCCUUCUCUCAGGCCUCUCCCCCUUUGUGAGAGGUGCCCAGGCUUUGAAGGCUGUUAAAGACUUUGUCGGCUUCCCUAGCCCUCGAGUGGAGUGAGUGAGAUGUGCUGUCGGUGGGCAUAGUAUCUGAAGGGAGAAGCCGUUCUCUGGGAGAGGAAUUCUCAAUGAGCCUGCCCAAGACACUGGAUCUGUGUGAAGAGGACUAAGGAUAUAAUAGGAUGUCAACGGAGACAGACCUGCAAGUGGCUGUUAAAUCCAGCACCAAGAGAGACUCCAAAAAGAAAGGUCAGGAUCGCAGCGAAGCCACUUUAAUAAAGAGGUUCAAGGGUGAAGGCGUCCGGUACAAGGCCAAGCUGAUCGGCAUUGAUGAAGUUUCUGCCGCACGGGGAGACAAGUUAUGUCAAGAUUCUAUGAUGAAGCUCAAGGGAGUUGUCGCUGGAGCCCGUUCCAAAGGCGAACACAAACAGAAAAUCUUUUUAACCAUUUCCUUUGGAGGAAUCAAAAUCUUUGAUGAAAAGACAGGAGCUCUCCAGCAUCAUCAUGCUGUGCACGAGAUUUCCUACAUUGCAAAGGAUAUCACAGAUCACCGAGCCUUUGGAUACGUGUGUGGGAAAGAAGGAAACCACAGAUUCGUGGCCAUCAAAACAGCCCAGGCAGCCGAACCCGUGAUCCUCGACCUGCGUGAUCUCUUUCAACUCAUUUAUGAAUUGAAACAGAGAGAAGAGCUGGAGAAGAAGGCACAGAAGGAUAAACAGUGCGAGCAGGCGGUAUACCAGACAAUUUUGGAGGAGGAUGUAGAAGAUCCCGUGUACCAGUACAUUGUGUUUGAGGCUGGACAUGAGCCAAUCCGUGAGCCUGAAACGGAAGAGAACAUUUAUCAGGUUCCUACCAGCCAAAAGAAGGAGGGAGUUUAUGAUGUGCCAAAAAGUCAGCCUGUGAGUUUCCAGAACGGUCACUCCUUUGAUGACUUUGAAGAGCGCUUUGCAGCUGCCAUACCGAACCGAAACUCACUGGUGGACUUUGAAGAGUGUUUCAGGGUCGAUAAUCAGGCUGUGACCCAGUUAGAGCUUUUUGGGGACAUGUCCACCCCUCCAGAUAUAACCUCCCCCCCAACUCCUGCAACUCCAGGUGAUGCCUUUAUCCCGUCUUCAUCUCAGACACUCCCCGCUAGUGCCGAAAUGUUUGGUUCUGUUCCUUUCAGCACUACUGCUGUACCCUCAGGUUACGUUGCCAUGGGCGCCGUCCUCCCCUCAUUUUGGGGGCAGCAGCCCCUAGUUCAGCAGCAAAUCGCCAUGGGUGCUCCGCCGCCAGUGGCGCAGGUGAUGCCCGGGGGUCAGCCAAUAGCGUGGGGCCAGCCGGGCAUCUUCCCCGCCCCCCAGCAGGCGUGGCCGUCCGUGGCCGGCCAGUUCCCGCCCGCCGCCUUCCUGCCCACACAGACUGUGAUGCCUUUGCCGGCCGCCAUGUUCCAAGGUGCCCUCGCCCCCCUCGCCGCGCUCCCCGCCACCAGCGACUCCACCCGGUCCAGCCCCCAGACAGACAGGCCCCGGCAGAAAAUGGGGAAAGAAAUGUUUAAGGAUUUCCAGAUGGUCCCGCCUCCCCCGGUGCCCUCCCGGAAACCCGACCAGCCUUCCCUCAGUUGUACCUCAGAGGCCUUCUCCAGUUACUUCAACAAAGUCGGGGUGGCUCAGGACACGGACGACUGUGACGACUUCGACAUCUCCCAACUGAACUUGACCCCUGUGACUUCAACGACGCCAUCGACCAACUCACCUCCAACCCCUGCACCCAGGCAAAGUUCUCCAUCAAAAUCAUCAGCAUCCCAUGCCAGUGACCCCACCACGGAUGACAUCUUUGAAGAGGGCUUUGAGAGCCCCAGCAAAAGUGAAGAGCAGGAAGCUCCUGAUGGGUCUCAGGCCUCAUCCAGCAGUGAUCCAUUUGGUGAGCCCAGUGGUGGGGACCCCAGUGGUGAUAAUAUAAGUCCAGAGGUCGGUAGCUAGAUAGCGCAGGUUGGGGACUACGAAUCCCUCUAUGCGCAGAUCAACAGACCUAAGAAAUAGCAACAUUGCGGGUUUGGGGUGGGUGCUUCAAGACUGAAAUGGAAACCUACAUCUCAACAGGCCUUGGGCUCUCCUGCUUUCUUUGACAUGACCCCAUCUGACAAUGGAAUUGAUGGUUGCCUGCUGAACUAAUUCUACAGAUGGACCUGACCAUUUGGGCAACCAGCGGCUAAUAUCUAUGGCAGCACAAAAAGAAAAAAAAAAAAAAAAAAGGAACUCCCCCCAUCAUCACCAUCCCUGGAAUAGCCCAACAAUUGCUUACCCUACAAAAUACCCUGAGCCCUCUUGACAAGAGUUCCGAUUUAUCGACGAUGGGAAAUUUUAGUCUCUUUCUGUUUCUUUCAUCUUCAACCAUUGCAUUUGGAGUCACCAGCAGUGAAAAGUUAACUUGUAAUGGCCACUUAUUUGUUUAAAGCAAAGACAGAGGGCCUGGUGUGCUCACAAGAUCAUUGUCAGGCCCUUGGGCCCAAGUCUCCAUUUUUACAUCAAUGAUGAUUGUUUCUCAUCACUACAGAAACCAGUCCUGCCAUGUGGCUUUGAUUUGGGGGUUCUCCUUCCCCCUAGCAUAUUUAAAGAUAAUGAGUGUACCAUUUUUGUACUUCUUGGUAACUUCUCCCCCCCAAUAAGUGAUGAAAUAUAGCUGGAAAUUGCCUCAUGUGAAAUAAAUGUUAACUUGAAAUCACAGAAUAAAAUCACACAACUGAUUAUUUCUGAUGAUUUUUUUAAAUGGUUGCCAAAAGGACCUCUUUGCUCCCGUGCUUCAGGAUGGAGAAAUGCUGCUUUCAGAUUGAACACUCGCACUAUGGGAAGAAAAUGCAUCAUCUCUCUUGGAUGAGAAGGAGGAAAAAACUCAUAUUAUUUCCUAGAAAACUCCAAAUGCUAAGUACAAUAAAGGAAUAUUUUUUAUUUCUCCAAUCUCUUGCUGCUGUGAUGCUAUGCAGACAAGUGUUCUCUUCUCUGUGUGCCACUUUUUUUUAAAGAAAAUUAUUUGCCAAAUAAUCCCGGUCCAAUUUUAAUUUGCAGAUUCAGAUGAAACAGACUUUCCGAAUAGGACAAUGGAGGCAUGAACAGUGGGAUAACAAACUGAUCCUCUAAUGCAAAUGGUUCAUCUCUAUCUCUUUUUGUACAUCAGAAAAUUCAAAUGGGAUUUCUUUUUUUUAUUUUAUAUCUUGAAAAAGGAAAAAAAAAUAUUACCAUAAAACUCUUGCAUUGGGUAAGGGAAAUGGCUUUAAGGAGGUCCAAUGUUGAUAAUUUUUUUUUGUAAAUAUCAAUCUUAAUGAUAAUUCUUUUAAAUAAUGCCAUUACACUGUAGAGAAAGGAACAGAUGGCUCUGUGACAAGUUGGAAGGACAGUUCUUACAUGCAGUAAGGUUUCCACAAGUUUAUGCUGAUAUGAGAAGGGGCUAGAGCUCAGGUGUGUCUGGCAGUAGCAAUUAGCCAAUCAGCAACUAAUGAAAGUUGGAGGGAUCACAUGAGGUAACGAUCUCACUUUGUCCACAAAAUUACCCAAACUCCAUGUAAACAAAAAAUAUAUAUAUACAUAUAUGCAUCUAGACAGCAUGUGCAUAUAAAGUAUACAUGCCCCUUUGGAGCCUGUCUUUUUGAUUCUUGACCCCUCCCCUAUGGGAAUCAUGGGACUGUUUGUACAUGAGACAGAGAGUUUUAGCUUCCUUUUUUUACAUUUAUGGGCGGGGGGGAGUAUAGUGUUUGGUUCCUUACUCUGUUUAGCACAUGCUUUUCAUACAGAAGCUCUAUAUUUUUGCCCUCCAGAGAAUUCUUAUACAGGUCAAACAUGUUUUCCUAAUGUUCCUAUGCAGUUACCGCGAGUUGGAUUCGCAGUUUAACAGUAAGAAGAAAAAACUGUAAAGGGAUCAUGGUUCAUCUGUGUCUAGGGUUAUUAUCAUGAUUUCAAAGUUUGAACAGGUAAAGGUGCAUCACUGUCAUGGAUUUCAACAGACCAGGAUGCAGUCGUCAUUUAUGCUGUCAUCUUGGCGUGCCCUGAAAUGGCUUAAAGCUUGUUUUCCAUCGACAAAGAACAGAAGUAUAAAUCGAGAAGGUUGGGGCCGAAUUUUGCGAUAUCUGGCUGCUGAAAUUUACCGUCUUGAUAAUAUGAUCACCAUAAAUUCUAUGGGACUGAUUUUUAGAAGGGAAAGUGUCCAAGAUGAGAGAGAUGAAGAGACUACUCUACUCCCCCUUACCUUCUUUUCUCUCCUCUUCCCUUUUGCUUCUCUUCCCAUCCCAUCUUUUUUUCUUCUCUGUCUCUCCUUUUUUUCUCUUUUCUUCACCUCUCUCUCCUUUUACCUCUCCUUUGUUUCUUUCGCUUUUCUAUCUAGUCUUUUUCUUUCACCUCUCUUCUUUUCUCUUCUUCUCUUUCCCUUUCUUUUCUACUCUCUCCUUUCCCUCCAUUUCCCAUUUUUCCCAUUGUCUUCUUUGUCCCUUUUGCCCUUCUGCUCUCCCUUUCUUUUAUCUUUGAAUUGCUUCCUAUCAUUUUCACAAGAAUGAACAUGACUUUUAUGAGGAAAUCACAUUCUUCGGUCAAUGGUUAUAACAAAAUGGCGGGGAGAAGGGAAUGUAACAAUUAUGUUGAAAUAAGAUGGGUUGUAUUUGAAGUGAAUCAGUGAGGUUGAUCAUUCCCAUUAAGCAAGUUUUAGAAAACUGUAUGCUGUUUUAUGAUUUGUGCUCCAACAAGUGGUGCUAUCUUCUGCCUCAAUGUGGCUGUCUUCUCAUUUUUGUCUCGAUCACAAACUGUUUCCAACCUUGGUUGAUUUAGAAGUAGUCAAACUGUUUCACUGAUGCUUUGGGGAAAUAUUUUUAGAGCAGAAUCUGACAGCCCAGUGGGUUUGCUGCCACUCACAGGACUCCAUUGGGAAUGCCUGCUCUUUGAAACAUAAAGAAAUCCAUGGAAUAAGUUGAGGGAUGGAAAGUUGGCACUUAAAACUACUGUCCAUCUUCUCAUUGGCAAUGGUUUUUUGUAGGGUGGUAGUCAGGGAAGCUAGAACUACCGAGUCCUUUCAAAGGAAUAUCAACCAUCUUGUGUUCUGUAGCAAAGAGGCUGAAACCCAGGUCACAGGGAGCCUGCACUAGACUAGUUCCAUACACCACUUGUAUACACUGUUUAUUCCUCAUCCUUCACUGGCACUAAAUUUGUCACUUUAAAUUUUAAAACCAGGGAAACUCAAGCUCCAUCUUGUUACCAUUCCCCAUAGUUCUUCAAUCUCUACAUGUAACGAGACAAUUUCAACAGACCAUAGUCACCCCAGUGUCUAAUGAAAUGUCAUCCUCUAAUGUACUGGGCACCUUUUUUUCAGAAAUAAUAAUGAUUAUGAUAAUGACAACAAUGAUGUUUACUCUGUGGGUUUUGUUCAAUUCCAUUUCUGCGUUCUGACACAUAUUUUUUUAAUAAAGAGGAGAAAGAUAAAA